UUAAACUUCGUUCCGGAGGGAAUCAACGCAGGUGGGAACUGGGAAAUGGGAACUACUGUGGCAAAAACAAUUAGUGCCAGAAACGAUUAAUUAGUGACCAAUAUGUCAGUGACUUGAAGUUCAGUGAUGUUAUAAUAAUUGACCAUUUCUUCGUUUAUUUUAUUUUCCAAUUAUUUUUCCUUUUCCCUUUCUUUCAAGCAAUAAAAUGCGUACACUCUGUUUCAGAAUCGCCCCUUACAGUGGAAAAGUGAGAGAGGGCGAGCGAUGUUAAGCGGCAAGCCGAAUCACCAUGGGAGAAGCUCUUCAUCUUCGCCAUGGCUCUUCCGCUCCAGAAGGCUAACCCCGCUCUCCGUCGCGCUAUACGCAAUCUUCCUCUUCGCCUUCUCCAUCAUCAUGUUCGUGUUCAACACCGGCCGCAUCUUGGACGACGAUGCCGAUCCAGUCCCUUUCUUCCGGCGAGGGUCGGCCAUUAUCGAGGAGGAAUUCCUCCCUACCACUGACCAGGCAAGUCUGAAGGGUUCUGAUUCGGCGGCGGUGGACCGGCUUUGGGAUCCUCCGGCGAGCCGCGGGUUGCGCCCUUGCCUGAAUCCCACUUCUAAAUACAAAGCUGCGGCCGAAGUAUUGGAUCGUUACUUAACCGUGAGGAGCAAUGGCGGAUUGAAUCAAAUGCGCACUGGUAUUGCGGAUAUGGUGGCUGUUGCACGAAUCAUGAAUGCGACCCUAGUUAUUCCUCAGCUGGAUAAGCGGUCAUUUUGGCAAGACUCAAGUACUUUUCCGGACAUAUUCGAUGAACUUCAUUUCAUUACAAGCUUAAAAGAUGACGUGAAGAUCGUUAAAGAGCUCCCGAAAGACUUGCAGGCCAUUCCUCAUGCUAGAAAACACUUCACUUCAUGGUCAAGCUUGGGAUAUUAUGAAGAAAUGGCUCAUAUAUGGAAUGACUUUCAGGUGGUUCAUGCGCCAAAAUCAGAUUCUCGUCUAGCAAACAAUGAUUUGCCUCUUGAUGUUCAGAGGUUGAGAUGCCGUGCCCUGUAUGAGGCUCUGCGAUUCUCGCCUCCAAUUGAAAGCUUUGGAAAGAAGCUAGUGGAGCGCCUGAGAUCACGUGGUGAAAAAUACAUUGCUCUUCAUCUGAGAUACGAGAAGGACAUGCUUUCUUUCACAGGGUGCACCUAUGGACUUACCAAAGUCGAGUCAGAAGAGCUGCGGAUAAUGAGGGAGAAUACCAACCACUGGAAAGUGAAAAAGAUAAACUCCUCGGAACAAAGGAUGGAAGGAUUAUGUCCUCUUACCCCAGGGGAGGUGGGCAUAUUUCUUGAGGCUCUUGGUUAUCCUUCAUCAACUGUAAUCUAUAUCGCAGCAGGAGAAAUCUAUGGCGGUGAGUCCCAUCUCCAAGAGCUCAGGUCUCGCUUCCCCAACAUUGUUUCCAAGGAAGCAUUGGCAACAGAGGAGGAACUGAGACCAUUUGCUGCUCAUGCAACUCAAACUGCAGCACUGGACUAUAUCAUAUCAGUAGAGAGCGACGUCUUCGUUCCUUCACACUCGGGCAACAUGGCAAGAGUUGUGGAAGGCCACCGUAGAUUCUUAGGCCACCGCAAGACCAUCAACCCCGACAGGAAAGGACUGGUGGAGCUAUUUGAUAAGCUCGAGAACGGAGAGGUGAACGAAGAUUCCUUACCUGAACUGGUCCAACAGAUGCACGGGAACAGGCAAGGAGGUCCAAGGAAAAGGAAGGGAGCAGCUUCAGGGAUCAAAGGAAGAGCACGUUUCAAGACGGAAGAGUCGUUUUAUCAGAAUCCAUAUCCAGAAUGCAUCUGCAGAUCCAAGUGAUGAGAUCUGAUACUCAGGCUGGAUAGCUGGCUGGCCAAGCAAUUUUGAUUCUUGAAACCCAAUCUUCAUGAAUAUUAGCAUUGUUUUCUUUUUAUGUUCCUUUAUUAGUACUAAUUCAUAAUUUUUUUGUCUGUGUAAAGGUAUAAUGGGAUAUUCCUUAUUGUACAAAAAGAAAGAAAAACAGAUUACCACUUCACUAACAUAGUAGUUUGACUCUCUAAAUUUAUUCUUAAUCUCUGUAGUAAUCGGGAGCAAAUUGUUUCAACCAUCGCGUCUCAUCAUUUGAGUCACCCUUUGAUGAUAUCUACGAAUUAUUGUUGGCCAUCACCGUAACUGGAGCAUAAACACGAAACCUUUAG